AUGUCUGCGCCUUCUCUCGCCCCCGCCAUUAUGAAGCGCCCGUGGCUCCAGCGCUGGAUCAAGCCGCUCUCCAACUGGUAUAUCAACGCCGCCGGCUACAGGCAGCUCGGCCUCAGGGCCGACGACCUGCUUCCCGAAGAGAACGACGUUGUCCACACCGCCCUCAAGCGUCUCCAGCCCCAGGAGGCUUACGACCGUGUCUUCCGUCUGCGCCGCGCAUUCCAGUUGUCCAUGAGCCAUCAGCUCUUGCCCAAGGAGGAGUGGACCAAGUCCGAGGAUGACUACCCCUACCUCACCAAGUACAUCGAGGAGAUUGAGACCGAGAUGGCCGAGCGCGAGGACCUCGAGUCCAUGGUCAUCUCCAAGAGGCAGAGCAACGCCAACGCCGGCCACUAA